AUGUCUGCAGUUUCUUCUCCAGAGUUUCCUCCGUCCCCUCCAAUGGACGGCGGAUUGCCAGGACUUGGUCCCUCAGACGCUCCUCCUUCGCCCCCAAGUGAGCGGAUUGUUCAGCGGUCUCUCCGAGAGGCUGGCCAUGGCCAGUUUCCAUGCUCUAGUUAUAUCCCUGGUGCUGGUAUCUAUGGCUCCCAAGCCCAUGAAGUAUUCCAGCAGCCGCUCCCUUCUGUUGAGACUCAAAUGUCACCAGGUCAAGAAGUGAGCACACCUGCAUCUAGUACGCCUGAUGAUGACUCCAGCCCAAGCUGGACAUCGUCACCGCGUUCAAAGCAGCAACGCCGUCGCCUGCCACCCCGAGCAAAGGCACCCCGCUCACCCCGUGGACGGAAGAGUCGCCCCCAAAAGGAUUCUUCAUGUUCUAUUCACCUCAGUGCUCCCUUCAGUCAAUCAACUGCACACCUUGCCGAUGUUCCUCUUAAGGACAUGCAUGCUUGGGCUACUAGACCUGAUCAGCAACGCUAUGAUGAAGUAAAGAGAAGGAGAAAGGUUGCCCGUCCUAUGAAUGCUUUCAUGAUGUACAAGUCGGCCUACUCAGAGCGAGCCAAAGCUUUCUUGAAGAUGAAAAACUUCCAGGAUGUCAACAAAGCUCUUGGUAAGAGCUGGAAAAUGGAGCUUGAGGAAGUUGCGAGUUACUAUAUUGAAAUGUCCAAACUUGAACACAAGAAUCAUGCCACCGCACACCCUGAUUACCAGUUCAAGCCCAAGAAGGGCCCGGCGAUGGCAACUCGUCCUAUGACACCGACUCCAAGCCACACCACAGCAGCUUUGAUGGACUACGGCAGCCCAUCCUCUCAAUGGACCGGUGACCUUGACUUCAGUUCUCCCCCUCCUUCGUAUAAUCAUGGGCGAUCCCAGAGCAUGGAGUUCGGCGAUAUGCACGUUAUGCGAUCGCACUCCAACACUCCCUUCGAACAUCCAGAGAUGACAUCUAGCUAUCCAUCAUGGAACGGCUUCCCCUCUUCCGCUCCUACCAUUCAGCCAAGUGCUUUACAAGGAAACAUGGCAUCUAAAUCCGAGGACAUGCGGCACUUCAAGUGCUCAACUCCAUUGCCCGAGGAGAUUCAUUAUGGCGUGCCUAGCGGCCUUAACGGAAUCCCCGGUGAAGCUCAUCAUGAUCUGAUGCAGCCUCAGCACAUGCAAUCCAGUGGAAUUAAUCCUCAGAUGCUCGGAUACACUCAGGCCAACGGCGUGUCGAUGGAAAUGACUCCUACUUUUAAUACGAUUCCAAACCCUUACCCUGUUUGGGAUAACUCACCUGCCACUCACGGCUUUCUGACUGCACCGCCUUCAACGCCAGUUUCUUAUCAUGUUGGAGUGUCGGCUACUGCUUUUUCUCCGGAGUUGCAUCGCAACCCCUCAUGGGACCCUAGCCACCAUAGCUCCCACGACCUGGAUGACUCCUGGAUCGAGCUUUAA